GUUUCUAUGGAAGACCCUGGACAAUGGAACAGAGAAAAGAACUUUUUAGAAGACUUAAAAAAUGGAAACUGAAUACAUAUCUUUAUGCACCAAAAGAUGAUUAUAAGCAUAGGAUGUUCUGGAGGGAGCUCUAUUCUGUGGAAGAAGCAGGUUACGCACUUUGGUUGCAAGUCAUUUGCUCUGCUGUUUGAUGACAUUGAUCAUAACAUGUGCCCUGCUGAUAAAGAAGUGUUCAGUUCAUUUGCACAUGCUCAAGUAUCUAUUACUAAUGAGAUUUAUCAGUAUCUUGGUGAACCAGACACCUUCCUUUUUUGCCCUACAGGCCCCAAAGUGGUAUCUAAGGAAAUUUCAGUUGAAUCCAUUGAAGAGGUGUCUAAAAUUAUCAAGAGAGCACCAGUAAUUUGGGAUAAUAUUCAUGCCAAUGACUAUGACCAGAAGAGAUUGUUUUUAGGACCAUACAAAGGACGCUCCACAGAACUGAUUCCAAGGUUGAAAGGAGUUCUAACCAAUCCAAACUGUGAAUUUGAGGCCAACUUUGUAGCAAUUCACACGCUGUCAACUUGGUACAAGUCCAAUAUGAAUGGAGUUAGAAAAGAUGUUGUGAUGGCUGACAGUGAAGAUAGCACAAUAUCAAUCCAGAUAAAACUGGAGAAUGAAGGCAGUGAUGAAGACCUUGAAACAGAUGUUCUGUACAGCCCACAGAUGGCACUUAAGCUUGCUUUGCAAGAGUGGCUGCAAGACUUCGGAGUGGCUCAACAGUACAACAAUCGGCAGGUGGCUCACAGUGGCCCUAAGACUAGUACAAUUGAUAGUACAGCACUGGGUACAUCUUCAUCUCUCCAUGCUACAACCAUGGUAACCACAGUUUACCAACAACCAAUCAUGAGCCAAGGUACAGGUUUAACUGGGGAGUCUUCACCAGUUACAAAAGAAGUUGCAACAACGGUGGAAGAAGAAAAGAAGCAACAAUUUGAUGAAGAACCAAUGGAAAUGGUGGUUGAAAAGCCAGAGGAAACUGACACUAAGAAUGUUGAUGAGAUACUAACAGAUAUUGUGAAAUCUAAGCUGACGGAGGAGUUGAAACCAAUGGACACUGAUAAAGAGAGUAUUGCAGAAUCAAAGUCCCCAGAAAUGUCUGUGCAAGAUGAUUCUGGGAGUGAUAUAGCUCCAAUGCAAACAGAUGAUCAGAUAAGUAAAGACCAAUACCUGCCUGGUCCUAAUGAGAAGCCACUGUAUACAGUUGAGGCAUUAACGCUGGAGGAUAUGAAUUUGCUGGCUGAGCUGUUCUACCUUCCUUAUGAACAUGGACCCAGAGCUGUGCAGAUGCUUAGGGAAUUCCAGUGGCUUCGAGCAAAUAGCAGCGUUGUUAGUGUUAACAGCCGGGGAAAAGACACUGAAGGUGCCGUAGUCAAUCUUCAGCACAGUUCUUAAGUGGAGACCAAGAACCCUGGGCCUUUAGAGGUGGUCUAGCAGGAGAGUUCCAGCGCAUGUUGCCAAUUGAUGGUGCAAAUGAUCUCUUCUUUCAACCACCUCCACUGGUACCAACCUCGAAAGUUUAUACAAUAAGACCAUACUAUCCCAAAGAUGAGGCAUCUGUGUUUGGAAUCUGCAGAGAUAUGUAUAGUGAUGAAAUAUCAGAAGAUUCUUUUGCAGAACACCCUGAUCUAAUUGGAGACAAAUUAGUUGGUGGUCUGCUUGCUCUAAGUCUUGAUUACUGCUUUGUUCUUGAAGAUGAAGAUGGUAUCUGUGGGUUUGCCCUUGGGACAGUAGAUGUGAAACCGUACAUUAAGAAGUUUAAGAUGUCAUGGUUACCAUACAUGCAGGAGAAGUACAGCAAACCUGAUACAACUAAGGCCCUUUCUGAGGCUGAAAAAAUCAUUUUGAGUUUCCAUGAAGAUGAUGAUGAGCUACCAGAGUCAUUUCUUGCCAAUUUUCCAUCCCUGAUAAAAGUGGAUAUUCACACGAAAGUUUCAGAUCCAAGUGUUGCCAAAAGCAUGAUGGCAUGCUUACUGUCUUCCCUUAAGGCCAAUGGAUCUCGUGGGGCAUUUUGCAAAGUGAGACCAACUGAUAAAAGAAGUUUGGAGUUUUACAGUAAACUCGGUUGUUUUGAAAUUGCUAAAAUGGAUGGCUUCAGCAAAGAUGUUAUUAUUCUUGGAAGGUGCCUUUGACAGUGCUGGAAGUUAUCGAACUGUUAAGGAAUAAAGGUUUUACAGCAGAUGAGCUGGUCAUAGUUCUUCCCGUUACAUAGACUUAGCUGAGCCAACUACAUGUCAGUUUUAACUGUUGCAGUAGCAGGUGCAUGUCUUAAUACCUGCCAACUCAUUAUAAGGAGAGUUCCUAAUUCAUUGGUAGGUGGGCAGUUAAUGGAGACCACGCAUAAGAAAUGAUGUCCUGUCACAGCAGUGAGCUGUACAUUACAGAAGUGCUGUAUACAUAGAAUGCCUUUUAAUUAACUGCAGUGGUUGCAAACUAUGGCUGAAGUCUGAGUGUCCAGCAUUUGCAUUUUAUAAAAUCUAACAUUCAUAAUGUAAAGUAGACCUGUAAAAUUUUAUAAACAUGAAUAAUAGACUGAAUAUUCAGGAUUAGCUAGUAAAAGUGGUCUCCAUUUGUACCUCAUAAAAGAGGUAUAUGCUAAAUUCACUACUGUAUAAGGAAGCAACACUGAAUUCUGGAACUGAUUUCUGAAUUGGUGCUGCCUUAUUUGGAAACUUGCAAACAGUGUUGGUUCAGCAGACUGAUUCAACUGUGAUUGGUUCAAACCAUAUCUGAUUUUACCAGAACAGUAACUAAUGGUCACUAGUUGAGGCCAGUGUCUGCCGCGCCAUGAUAAAUCAGUGUGCAAACCAUUGACAAUCUAGGUGUAAUGAGAGGGUUUUUUGUAAGUAAUCUGUCAGUGCCAGUGUGCUCAUGCAUGUACUCUGUAUGCAGUGGAAGAGCAACUUUAUGGAGUUUACCCACUUAAAUAAGUUGAGUAAACUGAGUGACGAAAGCUGGGUAGAAGUUUCUUGUUUGUCCAUUAUUCCUCUCAGAACUGUCAGUCAUUUGGCAACCCUGGCCACAUUCCCCAUUUGGCACCUCCACCCUUUACAGACCGGCAAAACUUACUAGUUAGAUGCAUAGUACCCCCUUGCUAAAUUGUAGCAGAGCUGCUGUGUAAAUACAGCUCUGCUAGUUCUAUCAAGCAUUCACUCUCUUGUUUUUUUAAGCAGCCAUGAAUGUUUUCAAGGACCGAUCAACACCUCUUCUAAAAUGUUGAACUCACCCUUUAAGUACUUAUGCCUGAGCAGUCCUCUUCUCCCCACUGAUCUUGAGUGUUUAGAGCUUUUUGCCAUUGAAACAGUGUAUGCAAAUAAGAUGAACCACAAGAGAAUUGCCAUCAUUUGUAUGAGCUUGAAAAAGUGAUGAAGACUUAUUGCUUGUAAGUAAUUAUUUUGCUGUCUGUGGAUUGAAACUGGGGUGAGCUUUCAUGUUCUAGUAUCUCUUGCUUUACUGUGUGUGGACGUGCACAUGCUGAAAGUUCAGACUACUUAGCAAGUUUGUAGAUGUAUUUGUAGAACUGGCUUUUUAUCAGAACUGUGGAUCUCGGUGUAUUAGUAAGGGCAUCAGCACUUAUGUCUGAAAGAUUGUGGAUUGUAGUCUGCUCAGUGGAAGUGGUCUGUUUUCAUACUUGGCAGUAGUGUUAUAUUUUUAAUUUGCGUUCUUUACCUGCACUACUGUGUGAGCCCUCCAGUUUUCUUCUACCUGUACCUGUUCCAUUCCCUUUCUUGCUGGCAUGUAGGUGUGCUACCCUGGGAUUUCUCCAAAUCCACACAAUCUCCUCUUCAGCUGAUUGGGAGUCAUUGAGUAGAGUGCCAUUGGUGUUGGUGCUGUCUGACCAGUUCUGUCUUACUGAGUUUAUUUUUAAUCUAGCAUUUUUUUUAAUUAGUGAAGCAUAUGGUGUGCAUUAACAUCUUAGUGCUUGGCUGUCUGGUUUAGGUUCUGACUGUGGUAUCUUCUGUACAGAGUUUUCAUGUCUACCCUGUUGUUUCUGUGUGUUUAUUUCCAAGUGCUCAGGUGUCUUUCUUCAUCCCAUUGAGCUGGCAGGCCUUCAAGUUGCCUUUAAGUGUGUGUCCAUGUCAGUCCUGCAGUUGAUUGGUGUUGCAGCAGAUGACAUAAUGAGUUCAGAAAUUGUUCUCUGCUUUGCACCCAUUAGUAGCCAGUGGCCUUUGAUCCUGGAAAUAGUAGCUUAAGUAGAGCACUGUUUUGACUCUAAAAUAUGAAGUGCUUUCAUUCCAUUCCUUUUCUCGUGAAAUGGCUGGUAAUCACAGUCCUUUCCCCAUCCACUUAAAGCAAGUGUUUUGUUAUUCUUGGUGUAUCUUGUCCUCCUUUUUCACUACUACUUUUUGCAAGCAAGUACAAGUGCUGCUUUGUGCUGUUAGCUGCUUUGAAGUUUUAGUUUUGGGUGUGUGACAAGAUUUCCAGCCAGACUAUGCUGUCUCAAAACUAAUAGUGAUAUUAUUCAUCUGCUUCCCCUUUGUACUAGCAGCUUGGUGUGUGUGGCACUUAGUUGUGCUGCUGUUUAAAUUUCCAGCUCCAUAUCUGUGCUUAAAGUUAGAGGAGAAAAAAGAAAAAGACAGUGCAAUCUGAACAGUGACUGAAGCAGGGGAAAACCCAUUGAUGAUCUUCGUGUUUCACUGUUGCAGUCAUCACACUUGAGUUACCUGCCUGCAGAUAGCCCUCAGUCUGCCCG